AUGGAUAAUAAGAUAUUUAAUAAUGUUUUUAAUAAUAUGUUAUUGAGAAAUUAUAUAUUUCAACAAGUUAGAUCAAUACAUGUAGAUUAUUUGAAAGAAAAGAGUUUUAAAUGGAAAGAGGUGGCGUGUAAACCAUAUCUAUUGGCUGGUUACAACUAUUUUCAAUUGUUAAAAGAAUAUUACAACGUUGUAGCAAAUAGAAAUAUAUCGUUAAAUAUUUCUUUUGUUUACUCACCUUUAGAGAAGGAUAACUCACUUGGUUAUGCUUUGAGAAUAGCAGUACGAAAAAACAGAUCGGAGAUAUUAAAGUACUUUAUGGCUGAACACAAGUUGUACCUCUACUUGGACGAACUUAUGAUAAGUGCCGCGACCUCUGGAAAUUUUGAAGCUCUUCAAUACCUUGACUCAAUUGCACCUCAACUGAAAAGUGAUAAUUUAUAUCGGUCUAGAAUCAUUGAAUCGCCAUUCGGAAAAAACAUCGAAAUGAUGCAUUGGUUGAUCGAGAAUAAGAUGAAUUUCGAUCCAAUUGUUAAACGAAUGGUCUUUCAACUGACAAUAAGAAAUGCACUUGAAGCAGGUUUUGUUGGCAUUUUAGAUUAUCUAAUCGAUAAAUCAGAGUUGACAGAAAUGCAGGGCGUAAGCGAUGAUAUCAUGAUGAAUGCAGUCAAGAGUGGUAGUAUUGCAACUGUUGAAUGGUUAAUAUCAAAAGGUUACCAGUGUAAGAAUUCCAGUUAUAUUACAUGUGCUGCAAAACACUGUCAUUUGGAAUUGGUUCAGUAUCUCCACGGCAAAGGAGUCGUAGGUUCAUGUACGAAAGAGGUAAUGGAGUCUGCAAUUGGUUCUGGUCAAGUAGAACUCAUUCAAUGGGUACAUGAAAAUAAAACGGAAGAGUGGAACAGAAACGCAAUAAAGAUUGCAAUAGAAAAGAAUCAACUGGAUUCAGUACGGUGGCUUCACAAGAAUAAACCGGAUCUCAUUGACAAGAACAUUCUAAAUCAACUUUUGGAUGAUGGUAAAAAAAAGGUUUCUGUCAACAUAUUACAGUAUCUAUUGGACAACAGAUUGUAUCUAGUGAUUAACAACGAUCGUGAUACAGAGAUGAUCAUGCUCAGUGCAUUGUGUGAAGGUAACUAUGAUCUACGAGCAGAUACAUUGAAAUUCCUAUUGGGUAAUCAACAGUUAUUGUUUAACAAAUCAAUUGACGUCUUUACAUUACUACCAAUUGCUAAAAACCUUUCAACAAACUUGGGUUCAAUCAUUGAGAGUUAUAUUUAA